UACGCAAGGACUGUUGUAAAGACCAUCUAUCCCCAAAGCUUCACUCGCAUCUAUGUCUAUCCCAACUAGCGAACUCGUCAUUUUUGACACUACAGAAGCAGUUCGUAAGGACCGCUCAAUUUUGAAACCUGCAUUCGAGCUAGUUUCAAAGGCUAAUGGCAUCCAGAUGCCUGCCUACGUUGGAAUCCAGAUCGAGAAUGCUGCUAAAGGCUAUGUCUUCAUGAACUGGGAUAGCCUAGCACACCAUAAGACGAUGCUGGCGUCCCCCUCGUACCCAAACCUGCUCGAAGCUCUGAAACCCGCAUAUGGGGGCUGGUCGAAGAUGUACCAUGUGAUUUUUAAUGCUCAACCCGUCGCAGUCAAGCAGCCUGUCACGGAAGUUCUCCUCCUCACCAUCAAGAACCCCAGUAACCGCACAGAGGUGUUUGAUAUCCUCACCAAGUUCUCGGACUCGACUAAGAAGAUGGUCGUGUUUGGUCCUACGCUGGAAGAUAAGAAUGUGAUUAUUCUCGUUGGUGGUUGGCGGAGCGUUGAGGCUCAUUGGCAAGCGGUCGCUAAACCUGAGACGAAAGCUGCGCUUGAACGAUUGUACACUCUCGCCAACAAGGACCAUCUAUUCCACACCAGCUUCACCUCUUUCACGGGAAAGUAGUGUUUGUCUCUUAAGGAUACCUAAGUCGAAUUCAAAGCAUGUAAUUCUAUAUUAUAAGUUUCGGUAUCACAAACUUGUCAUGGUGAGACAUCA